AUGCGAAAAGCAGAAAAGGGUUAUAAUGAUAUGACAGCCAAUUUACGUCCAGAUGAUUUUCGUGAUUGGAAAUUAAUGCUCUAUGAUUAUGUAUAUGAAAAUCAAGAACGACUUGAAAAAAUGUUUGAAGAACUUGAUGUUGCUGAUCCAAAAACAGGUGUUAUACCAACGGAGAGUGUUAAAAAAAUUCUUGAAGAUGAAAGUUAUCUUUCAUGUCUUAAGCCAGAUGAUAUUAAAGAUAUAUGCGAAAAACAUGAAAAAGAUCGAAAUGAAUUUGAUUAUAAAGCAUUUUUUACUGGAAAGAAAUAUUUAACAAAACCUUAUUUAAUGGCUGCAUUUGCAGGAAAAAAGAAAAAAAAGAAGAAACCAAAAAAAGGCAAAAAACAAAAAGGUGCUUUACCUAUUGGUAUUCAAGAUGAAGGUCCUCGAACAGCAAAUGGUAAUCCACCAGUAAUUUAUGCACCACAACAUGUUCAUCAUACAGACAAUACAAGAUUUUCAAGAGAUAAUUUACCGAAAAAUCCUUUAGAAGAUGAUUCACCAUGGUAUUUAGAUAAACCUGAUAAAGGUUAUGUUAAUUUAUGUGAUGCCGCUUAUCGAGGUGAUCUACAAACAUUAUUGGAUGCAUUUAAACGAGGCACACAAAUAGAUGUAACAGACAAAUUUAUGAAAACACCAUUAAUGGUGGCAUGUGCUCAUGGUGAUCUGAAAACAGUUCAAUUCCUUCUCACAUGCGGAGCUGAUGUUAAUAAAGUAGAUAAUUUUAAAUGGACACCACUUCAUCAUGCUGCACAUAGUGGUAUUCUUGAUGUUGUUCAAGCCAUUGUCGAGGCAGGUGGAGCAAUAAAUGCUGAAUCAGUAACAAAAGCAACGCCAUUAAUGCGUGCUAUUGAAUGUUCAUCAUUUCCAGUUUGCGAAUAUCUUAUUAAUAAAGGUGCUAAAGUUACACAUGAAAAUAUAUCCGGUUUAGAACCAUUAACAGUUGCUGCUGAAUUUGCUGAUCCACGUAUUUAUCAUUUAAUUAAUGAAAAAGUUAAUGCUACCGGUGGAGGUAAACCUAAAAGUGCUACAAGAAAAAAAAGUGGAUCAGCAUCAGCAAAGAAACGACAACAUUCAGCAGUGAAAAGUACCAAAGCAGAUGUACAAGCAAAAGCAGCAGCAGCUACUCAACAAACAUCAGCCGUUCAACAACCACGACGUGGUUCUUUAUUACGUGCAGCUGCUGAAUUAGCUAAAUCAUUUGAAAAUACCGAAUCAAUUGCUUUUCAUCCAAAAACAAAAUGGACUGAUUUACCAACAACAACACAACUUAUGCAAGAAAAAGCUGUUGUACGUGAUCGUCUUGGUUGGGAAGUUGAUUUUAAUGAUUUUAAAAUGCCAUUUAUGACAAAUGUUAGUAAACGAUUAGAACAAAUGACAUUACCUGAAGUUAAAAUAUAA